AUGGGUUUGAAACUCACAUAUCUUCAAUUGAUCACUGCACUACUAUCGUUCGUGGCAAUAGCUCAAGAAAACGGUAACGCUGCGGCAUGUCGAACAGUCAGUUCUGUUAUCGCAGCUUGUGAGCGCCUAACACCAGGCUUCACCUCAUUCACGAACUUCAACUUCCAAGCUCCUUGUCUAUGUUACGCAUCAACGUACUGGUUUCCAAACGGCUACGAUGGCUGGAUCCAAUCUUGCGACGCAGGUUGGCAGACUGGCAACCCAUCUGCUUACGCCGUUGCAACCUCUUCUAAUGGCGGCCCACUGGUCACCACACCAUGCCACAAAGUUGGAAACAUCCUCAACUCUGCGGAAUUUACAGGUCCAGUAACAGCACUUGUACGGUCGGUUCCACCUCCUUCGAUCACAAACCCAGGCGAAGCCGCCUGCGCAACGCUGGUUGGCGCCGCCGCAUACUGCAACUCCCAGUCCCCGGGGUUCAGCACUCUUACGGACUUUCGAUCUCAGGCAUCUUGUUAUUGUUAUAGUGCUUUGGUUUUCAACCCCACGACUUACGAUAGUUUAUGGCCAGCAUGUGUAAGGUUUUUAUCGACUGCAUCUCCUGCUCUUUACACUCAGUUCUCGGCGAACGGAGCGCCUGUUCUCACAACAUCACCUUGCGCGUCUGUUGGCGAUGUUCGAGAUGUUCGUGGUAGGAGCUCUUCGUUCACCCCUACAUCAACUGGCUCUGCUUCCUCAACUUUGCAGUCGUCGCCUUCUGCGAGCUCGACAAGUGUAGCUCCUGCACGGAAUGCUGCAGCGGAAUAUAUUCGCAACGACGAACGGAGUUGGCUGGGCAUAUCACUGGUCCUUCUACUAGCCGCACUAUUUUGA